AUGUCGGAGGUUCAGGAUAUCAGUCCCGUCGCGGAGCUACUAGGACACGCCCUCUAUCAUUACGAGCGCAUGAGGCCGCUUCUUCCCACCUACGGCCACUUGCUCGUUGCCUCUCUUUUCCCGAUAUGGAUUGGUGCACACGCCUCUCUGGCAAGACCUACUUCAGCAGCGAAACCGCCGAAAAAGAAAGAUGGAGGCAAGGAAGAUGACACCGCCGAUGAAGACGAUGAGGACCAUAAAAACAAGCCCAAGCUGGAGGGGUUGGAAGCUAAGGAUGCCUUGAUGUUUCCCUUGACAGCCGGUAUUACCCUGUGUGGCUUGUACCUGGUGAUCAAGUGGUUAGGCGAUGCUGCCAUUCUCAACAAGAUCUUGGGUUACUACUUCUCCCUGAUGGGAGUGUUCUUCGCAGUUGCAUUCCUGAAGGAUUUCCUGUUGAUCGUGCGAUCUUUUAUCUUUCCCCGAUACUACCGCUCUGGAGGAAAGCUUUGGCGAGCGAACCAAGCCGAGCGCGUUUUCCGAGCCGACGACGAAGUCCGGCAUUCACCACUUCCUGGCCUCUUCGGUAGAAUUCCGAUGCCGGCAGGCAUUCGUGUCCUUCUAUGGUCUUCGCGAAAUGCGGCCUACCAGCGGCUCAAACUGCGCGUCCUUGUGCGGGGCAUUAUCGAUGGCAAAGGCCUUGUGGGCCUUCUCGAUCUCCUCAGUGGGAUCGUUGGUAUAGGUACUGUGGGAUACUUCGCCUUUGUCACGAAGCCAUGGUGGCUCACCAACUUCUUUGGAUUCAGCUUCAGUUACGGUGCAGUACAAUUCAUGUCUCCGGUCAGCUUCUGGGUAGGAAGCUGCAUUCUGGGAUCGUUGUUUUUCUAUGAUAUCUAUUUUGUCUUCUUCACGCCCAUCAUGGUCACAGUCGCAACGAAGCUGGACGUGCCGAUCAAGCUCUUGUUUCCGCGACCAGCUGGCCCGAAAGAUGACCCUGGUGUUCAAGCACUGGCGAUGCUGGGUCUCGGCGACAUUGUCGUUCCGGGAAUGAUGGUGGCGCUCGCAUUGCGCUUUGACCUGUUUCUCUACUACCAACGAAAGGGUCAGCAGAAGGCACAUGCUGAAGGAACUGAGUCAAUUGUCAAGCCGGAGUAUCAGCCCGCGACUGGUUUCUGGGGUGAACGGUUUUGGGCACCGACUAUCACGCCUCGCGAGCCCGAAUUCCAGCCUCCUUAUUACGAUGCUCGGUCUUUCCCCAAGACAUACUUCACGGCUGGUAUCAUAGGGUACGUGCUUGGAAUGAUCAGUACUUUGCUGGCCAUGCAGUACUCUGAUCAUGCCCAGCCAGCACUACUCUAUCUGGUCCCCGGUGUCUUGAUUUCCCUUUGGGGCACUGCAUUUUUGAAAGGUGACCUCCGUGCCAUGUCAGAUUUCUCAGACGCAGACGAGGAUGAGGAUGAGGAUGAGGGCAAGGACGAGUCGAAGGAAGGGGGGGAGUCGGCCAAGAAAGCCGAUGAGAAGAACAAGAAUGAAUCGACCCAUGAACACAAGGGUUUGUUCAUGCGUAUCCUCUCUGGGGAUUUCAAUGUUUUCAAAGAUGCACCUAAAGAUUCGUCGUCAAAGGGGGAUUCUAAGGAAGAGACAGAAGAGGCGGCGGAGGACUCUGGAAGGGCUGCUGCGAGCGACGAUUUCAAGCAAACCGACUCCAAGAAAAGCCAAAGCGAAAACAAGAAGAGCAAAAAGAAAAAGAAGGAAGAUUCGGACCUGGUAUUGUUUUCCAUCUCCUUCCCACGCAAGUCCAAGAGCAAGAAGCAGGAAAGCUUUAAUGACAAAUCCUCCGAGGAUGAAGUGGUGUUCAUUCCUGGGGUUGGCGAAUGGGGCGAGGAACCACCAAUGAAAAGACGCCGGGGAACGCCCCGAAAGCAGUCCACGAGUUCUUGA